AUGGUACGCAAAAAAGUACUCUCACAAGAGGAGCGUAUACAAUUGAAAAAAGCAAGGAAGAUAAAUAAAAAGAAUUGGCGGGAGCGUAAAAAAGCUCUCAAGAGGAUCGCUAAUAAUCGUGAAAGGCGCCAAAAAUUGCUGGAAGAACUGCGAAGGGAAUCAAAUACAACCGAAAAUCGAAAUCGUCCAGACAUUAAAGACGUAUCAAGUCAAGCAACAGCCGGUUCACAAAGUCGUGGUCGUGCAAUGUUACAAGCAGCUUUCAAGUCAAAAGCAAACUACCCUAAAACAAAAAACUCUACCUGCAAAGAAAAAUCAACACAGGCAACAUCACAAAGUCGUGGUCGUGAAAUGAUAAAUGCGGCUUUCGCGUCAAAAGCAAACGAUCCUAAACCAGCAAAGUCUAUCUGCAAAGAAAAAUCAACUCGGGCAAAAGCUGUUUCACAAAGUCGUGAUCGUGAAAUUUUACAUGCGGCUACCAAGGCAAAAGAUUCUAAAACAAAGUCUGUCAAGAAAGAAAAAUAUAGGAUUGUUCCAAAGCUCAAAGAAUUAGAUCCUGAACUUAUCUCGAAGAUGGCAGAUGUGCCAAGUCUUGGCACAGGAACUUUCGGAACGUGUUAUCUGGCGAAAUACCGUGCUACAAUGGUUGUAGCGGUAAAGGAGUAUUUACACACCUCUGCCACGAAAAAAAGGGCCAAUUUGAAAGGCGAUGCUUUACGAGAAGCAAAUGUAAUAUAUCAACUUUCUGAUCAUGAGGGGUUGCCGUUUUUGUUUGGUGUGUGUACCGAAAAAGAGCCUGUAAGAAUCGUCAUGGCGUUUCACGGCCAAGCGUACCGAAAUUUAACAAUUUCUCAGGCUUCCAGAAGCAAACCACAAAUCAGCAAUUCAACUUGGAAUAGUAUAUUCGCGUUAACAUCCAAGGCACUCAUGCACAUCCACGCAUGCGGAUACAUACACAACGACCUGAAAGGUAACAAUGUUCUGCUGGAGCGCAAGCCAAACGACAAAUACAAUCCCGUAAUCAUCGAUUUUGGACGAAGUGUCAAAGUGACCGAAACGAAGCAAAUACGUCCAAAACGUGUAGCGGGGCUUCAACCGAGAACUGAUUCUUACUUGGCACCAGAACUUUACGACYGUUCUGCUCCACCAAGCUUCAGCAGUGAUAUUUAUUCUUUUGCAAAGAUGGUCAUAUCUGUUCAAAAUCAUUGUAAAUAUUUUCAGUUUCCCGCAUUGAUUAGUUUAUGCUUGGCCGUAGACCCUAAACAAAGACCCCUGUUACGUGAUGUAAUGUUUUCUUUUGGCAAGUAA